GCUCAUGUUCAUGUUUUUUCAACAUUUUUUUAGCAGUAUUUAUUAAAGGUCCAGAAGAUUUAACAGGUUUGAAAUUGAAUUCACUAAAAUUAAAAAUCGAACUCGUAAUCUCUUCUGGAGCACGUUGUGGUCCUGCUCCUCUCCAGGAGAAAGAUGUUGUUAAAUCCUCCCCAACAAUCAACCUCGGCCACGUCUGGGCACUUGACCAGUCAGAUGGGUAGCUCUACGAUGCUGUCGGCUUCUGAAUCCUCUGGAGGCCUAGACCGAAAAGCCGUGAACCCAAGCAGAUGGGCACCAACAAGGAAAAACGAUCAGAAACCAGGACCCGGAGCUCACGACUUGCCAAGUCUCAAUGUGUGCCGUACUACGAAGAGUAUGGCUUUUCGGUGGAAUCGGGAUGACAGGUCACGCUACAUGGGUCGUGGCGGGAUGAAGCCAGCGUCCGUGGUCAAGAAGAAGUUUGACCAACAAGAACGAGAAUUCGAAAGAGCUGAACUACAAGAAGGCGGACCUCCAAGGAGUCGACAGAAGCAUACGACAACGGCGAACAAGACGGUCAAGAUUAGGUGAUCGGAUUUUGAAAAACACCAAGUAUUUUUAGAAACAAAUUCUGUCGAAGUAGUGGUCCCUUUUUUUCACUUCACCACCACCUCGUCAAACUACUCUAACGGAAGAAAAAGCACCCGUGGUCACGGAUCGCCUUCUGCAGCUGUGCAUCACGAAGUGCCGCCGCCUAGUGGCGAAUAUGGUGAAGAGGAGGACGCCCCACCACCUGGAACUUACGCUCCACGAAACCGCUUGUUCGAUCAACAGUCUCUGAGUAACGAGUUCGUCUUCGGAAAGCAAGGUGUUGGAGGUCUUUUCCCCGGUGUAGCUCGCGAUCUCUACGGUGUAGGUCUGAAUGCGAGUCGAGGUCUCGUUCCUGCGAAAAUGGUAAAUCGACAGACACAGUACGCGGAAAGCACGACGAAUCUGUUGAGACAAACGAGUACGAGGAUUGUCAUACAAGGGGAGAAUGUUAUGGCUCUUGCAGAAAGACACAGAUCAACCAAGAAUCUACCAAUGAUCUUGACCUUCUAGUACUGGUACUGAUCAAGUUGUAUCUGCUUCCUUGUACUUCAUCAAGAAGCUCUUCCUACAUUAUAUCUUGAUCUACUUCAACAGGUAUUUCAACUACAUCUGCAACUCUUCUACUCCUACUCCUUUUUAAUCUCCGAGCUGAUUUUAGCGGACUGAAUAUCCAACCUCAAGAUCCUGGCUUGCUUAUCCGACAAGGCGUCAAUGAAGCAGCGUCGCCUAGUACAGUCGUCCGAGUGCUGCCACCUAAUGAGGUAGAGAUCGCGAGGACACCUGGUAAAAAAGAGGACAUCAAGAAGGAAGUCGAUAUUGGUGGAGGUGCUACUUCUAGUACAGCAAUAAGACCUGGUGUUGCUACAACUGGUCCAACAGAGCAGGCAGGAGCAGCAUCCUCUGGCGGUCCUGCUGCAGCUGCUCGUGCUCGCACUCAUUCACCUGAAUCAAGGACAAGACUGCUUACAUCUGAGGAACAAGUCGAAGCAGUGACUACUAGCAGAGUUCCAAGUAGAUCCGCAAGUAGAGCAGGUGCUAGUCGCGGAGCAAAUGCCAGCAGGCCAUCAUCAGUGGGAGACCAGAGUGCCAAGUUUUCGGGUGUAUGCAGCGUCCGCAGGUUGCGACACGUAUCAUGGUCACCGAGAAGACGGGAAGCAGAGGAAAAAGAAUCAAGUUUCAGAUCUGGAGCUGCUGUGCCUGUCUACGUACUACUACUCUUUUUCCUUCACAACUUUGUUCUCACCUUGUCCACUGAUUUAAUAUCGUUGAGACCUCCACUUCUCAAAUGGAAAACUAGAAUGUCCAAGUUAAGUACCUUUUUGCACUACAACUCAUAUACAUGAUAUUUUACCGACGUUGUUUUUGUUCCAUCGAUCUUCAUCACCAGGGCUUCUCACCUCCGCGAGAACGACAGCCGCAUAUACUCGAAUUCGUGAAAACGCUUCCCUGGUAUGAGCAAGUUCUCUGGUUCGAGGCUGAGAUCAAAAAGGGACCCCUACCUCUGGACCUCCAUCGCUAUUUGGUCUUUUUGCAGUCAAAUCCGACAUUCAAGGGCCAUCGCGCAGUUGCGCAGAAAGAGCAAGUACAGAGAAUCGCAGAAAGGAAAGCAGGGAAGGUGAGUAAUCAAAGGGAGAGUUUGGGGAGCUAUCAACACAAUUGGCCGUCGUUUUCGCCAACUAGGUCGUAAAGAGCUUACAACAUUGUAUGUAAUUGUCAUAAUCGUUCUUGAUGUGUGUUGUACUAACAUCUUCUAGUACGAUUUAGUUGUGGGAGGGCUAGUUAUCGUCAGCAUGAGAUAAAAAAAGAUCAACACUGUUCAUAUGAUCUCUUCACUCGGAGAGCCGUAGAAAAAUCAAUGCUGGGGCGGGCAUUCUGCUUUUAAGUAUUCCUAAGUCGUAAGAGUAAGUCGUAAGUUUCGUUUUCAACGUAAAAGCCCAAGUCGCUUGCAGAUGUAUUUUUCGCGAGGGUAAUGUAUCGCUUUUCUUCCAGCAUUCGCUUUUCUCAUUCACAAGACUUGAAUGUCUUCAGCAACGAAAGAAAGUCACGAAUGCGAACUGUGCAUAACUUGCAGAUGUUGAGAAAACCACCGCAAGACACGAAACCGAAUGAAGCAUAUGGAAUCUCACACGUUAGAAGUCGUCGUCGUUGUGAGUGCUGUACUUAAUUUUGAAUUCCUUGGUUUUUUCAUGCUACAACCUGUACAAGUACAUGAUCUUUUUAAGUAGUUGGUUACAACUAGUAAUUUUUUUUGCGGCUUACGCGGCUCCUGCGCGUCAUCUGCACAUUUGAUGCG